UCAAUUAAAGGAAAAAUUGGAGGUGGCGUUAUUUGGGCCGUGAUGGAAAAGAUUAUAUUAUUUGUUCACUAGUAUUACGAUCCACAAUGGUCCUAUUUAUCGGCCCACUAAUUGUAAGAUGAAGCAACUCCAAGCUGAACCGCAAUUCCCAAUUCCAUGUAAUUAGGGUUCUUACCAGCUGCGAAAAUUGAGGUAAUCUAUGGUUUCUUAUCGGCUCAGAUUACCUUAGCCAAGGAAGUAAAACUGCGUUUAGGUUGUACGAAUUUCUGUUAAUGCAAUGCUUAGUAGGUGAUUUGGAGUAAAAUGCAGCAAGUCGAUCAAAUGAAGGCGAGGCCAAGUCCUGUGAAUAUGGCUGAAGUGAAUUUUUCCCCAGCUGAGGAUGCACGAGUGGAGGCUACCCGUGCAAGAUUUUCAAAUGUGCUUAAAAGGCAUGGGGAAUUAAUGGAGAAACUAUCUAGGGAUUCUGACAAGUCUGUUUUUGAACGACUGCAAAGGGAAUUUGAAGCUGCACAGGCUUCUCAAACACAAGAGAUAGGUUUAGAUGGUGAGCAAUGGAAUGAUGGGUUGUUAGCUACAAUAAGAGAGCGGGUCCACAUGGAGGCGGAAAGAAAAGCAGUACAAUCACAAGACGAUGCUGCUGCAUCGCCAGAUAUUUCUUUUCUUGAAAAGAUAACUUAUAGAGUUGGAAAUAAACCCCAUAACAAUGCAGCCAUAAAGCUUAUGGUGGAAAUGAUCUGUUGUUUGGAUGGAGCUAGGAUUGGCAUUCAAUAUGAGACAUCAUAUGCAGGAGAACCUUGUGAGGUGUUCCAUUGUGUUCUUGAAAGCAAGUCGUUUCUUGAGAAAAUGAUAGUUCUCGAGCACACAUUUCCAUUUUUCUUGCCGAUACGUGAUGUGGAAAAUGACCAUCUCUCUUCUAAUGCCAUGAAGUUCAUUGAUCAUGUGGGAGAGUUGCUGCAGGCUUAUGUUGAUAGACGAGAGCAGGUUCGUCUUAUAAAGGAGUUGUAUGGGAAUCAAAUCGGAGAACUUUAUUGCAGUCUUCCAUAUCAUAUGGUUGAAUUUGUGCUUCCAGAAUUUGAGUGCAAAAUAACAGUGAGUCUUAGAUACGGCAGUCUCGUCUCUACACUUCCAUCUGGGGUCAGUGUCCUCGCAUGGCCCACGCAUCAACCCAAGAGACUCCGGGCUGGUCUAGCACCCGUCAACAGGAAGGACAUUUCUGGAAAUCAUUUAAUUCCAGCUCGUUUGACAAAUGCUGAGCAUGCAUUGCGGUCGAUGAGUCUACCUGAAGGUUAUCUCUUGAUCAUCAGCUACUUUUUUUUUCUAUUAUUCUAUGCCACAAACAACUCGUGCACUAUAAAACCUCGCCUUAUUUGUGGUGCACCUCUGAAUACACACAAAGGAUAGUUAACGCAAUCCGGAGUUAUGCUUGAAAUUACCAAAACAUCCUUGAGGUUAUGUUUGCUUAAACACACCCCGUCUGAUUUGCAGAGUUGGAAAACAGCACGUCUUUUGAGGGGGUGUUUGUAAUUCGAAACUCAGCUGCGUAUUUCUGUAGCUAAGAGUAAGACCAAUCUGCUGGUUGUACGAGUACUUACAUGGCUAUUUCUUUUUGGUUUAGCCUUUGCAGAUAUUGUUUUGAGCAUGCCACAAGCUCUCAAGGAAGUAUUCACGGAGCAAGAUGCAUAGUCGUCCCAUUUUUUUUUUUCGUAAAGGAUUUGGUUGAGUAAAUAGAUAUGGAACCAUGGGGACGGAAUGGUAAAAUGAUGACGAAAACAUAAUGGGCGACCUUGUAGAGAAUCUCGUUUCUGUAUGUUAUUCGUCGCAUAGUUUUUGGUCCUUCAAUGCGUUUGAAUUGUGUAAUUUUGUAUUUGCUAGUGUGCGUGAGAAAUUCUUAAUUUUAUGCAGUUUCUCAUUUUAUUGAAGUGGAGAAUUUUACAUGUUCUUGUUCUCUUUUUUUUAUGGAUGAUGGUGUAUUACAUAUGAAAGAAGUCUAGAUAAUUUGAUCAGACUUGGAAAAAUUGAA